UUGCGCAUGCACAGUGGCCGUGGCCCUCAUCGCCGUUUAUCUUAUCGCUUGGUGACAGCUGGACAGGCUUGGCGCAGCAUUGGAACGUGAGGAAAGGCUGUCAGAACUUUUUAAGUUCAUUCAGCAAACCUAGUUGGAACGGAUUGAGCUAUUUCACGAAUUUAGUCAGGCGAUAGCCGGAGACACAAUUUUGUCUGGGCGUCGACUGGUCUCAACGCAUCCGAGCAUCCAUCCCUUUCAUUGCUAGCGGUCUAGCUAACAUCAGUGAGGCGACAGCCAUAAUCGAGAACGCUGACAACGCGCCGCUAAGAUGUCUGGAUACCAGGGAAAGAAAAAUAUACCACGCAUUACAAGUGAUCGUCUUCUUAUCAAAUGUGGAAAGAUUGUAAAUGAUGACCAGUCUUUCCUUGCUGACAUCUAUAUCGAGGAUGGAGUCAUCAAGCAAAUUGGAGAGAACCUAAUAGUUCCUGGUGGGGUGAAGAUCAUUGAUGCCCAUGGACGCAUGGUGAUGCCCGGGGGCAUAGAUGUGCACACACGCUUCCAGAUGCCAGACAGGGGCAUGGUGUCAGCAGAUGACUUCUACCAGGGCACCCGUGCUGCUUUGGCUGGGGGAACCACUAUGAUAGUUGAUCAUGUGGUUCCAGAACCUGGUGUGAGCCUGGUGGCAGCGUUCAACCAGUGGAGGGAAUGGGCCGACACCAAGUCCUGCUGUGACUACUCCCUGCAUGUGGACAUCACUAACUGGCACAAGGGCAUGCAGGAGGAGAUGGAGAGCCUGGUGAAGGACCACGGUGUCAACUCUUUCCUGGUCUAUUUGGCUUAUAAGGAUGUUUUCCAACUUUCCGACUCACAGAUGUACGAGGUGUUCAAUGUCAUCAGAAACUUGGGAGCCAUCGCUCAGGUGCACGCAGAGAACGGGGACAUCAUUGCCGAGGAGCAGCGUAAGAUCCUGGAGCUGGGCAUCACUGGCCCUGAGGGUCACGUGCUGAGCCGUCCGGAGGAGGUGGAGGCAGAAGCAGUCAACCGGUCAGUCACUGUGGCCAAUCAGACCAACUGCCCCCUCUACAUCACCAAGGUGAUGAGCAAGAGUGCUGCUGAUGUCAUCGCCCUGGCCAGGAAAAAGGGUGCUGUGGUGUAUGGAGAGCCUAUCUCUGCCAGCCUGGGCACGGACGGAACCCACUACUGGAGUAAGAACUGGGCCAAGGCAGCUGCCUUCGUCACCUCCCCACCCCUCAGCCCUGACCCCACCACCCCUGACUAUCUCAACUCACUGCUCUCCUGUGGUGACCUGCAGGUGACUGGUAGUGCUCAUUGCACGUUCCACACCUCCCAGCGUGCUGUGGGCAAAGACAACUUCACCCUCAUCCCAGAAGGCACCAACGGCACUGAGGAGAGACUCUCCCUCAUCUGGGACAAGUGUGUGGUGACUGGAAAAAUGGACGAGAACCAGUUUGUGGCUGUGACCAGCACCAACGCAGCUAAGAUCUUCAACCUGUACCCCCGUAAGGGCCGCAUUGCAGUGGGCUCUGACGCCGACCUGGUCUUGUGGGACCCAGACGUCACCAAGAUAAUCUCUGCCAAGAGUCACAACCUGGCUGUGGAGUAUAAUAUCUUCGAAGGCACCGAGGUGCGUGGAGCUCCCCUAGUGGUGGUCAGCCAGGGCAAAAUAGUGUUGGAAGAGGGCAACCUCCAUACCACUGAGGGCUGUGGGCGCUAUGUGAGCCGCAAGCCCUUCCCUGACCAUGUCUACAGGAGGAUAAAGGCUCGCAGCAGGCUGACGGAGCUGAGUGGGGUCCCCAGGGGUCUCUAUGACGGGCCGGUGUGUGAGAAUGUGACACCUAAGGUCAUGACCCCGGUCACCUCGGUGAAGACCUCUCCAGCCAAGCUGCAGCAGCAGCAGCAACAGCAGCAGCAGCAGGCUCCCCAGCCCGUCCGUAACCUGCACCAGUCUGGCUUCAGCUUAUCUGGUGCACAAGUUGAUGAUAACAUUCCCCGCCGCAACACCCAGCGCAUUGCGGCGCCCCCUGGUGGUAGGUCCAACAUCACCAGCCUGGGUUAAGCUCUACUGUCAGCUGAACUGGAGAGGAGUGGAGCAGGAGGAUCCACCUCAGCUCCCAGACCAACCAUCACAACCAACAAAGCUUAAUCUGUUGUGGUCCCGUCUCCCUGACUUAACUGCAAGCUGGUGGUCAAAAACACUUCAUCCAUCUUCAUCCAUACUUAACUUCUCUGUCACCUCAUUCAAAGAAAAAAAAAGAAAUAGCACUCAAUGUAUUGUUUUGUAUUACCUACAUGCCAUAUGCAAUCUUUUCAUUUUUUUUAAGGAAGAGUCAAGUGAAUUUAGAGAGUUCUUGAUGUUUUUCUGUAUAUACACUGAACACCUUCCUAAUAUUGAGUUGCACCCCCUUUUGCCCUCAGAACAGCCUCAAUUCAUUGGUACAUGGACUCUACAAGGUGUCAAAAGCGUUCCACAGGGAUGCUGGCCCAUGUUGACUCCAAUGCUUCCCACAGUUGUGUCAAGUUGGAUUGAUGUCCAUUGCACUAGCGGUUCUGGGUGGG